GCUGCAUCUCGACGUUUAAUCGCGUCCACUAUGCAACACCCAAACCUUCUUGCUGGAAGGACAUCCAAAGGCGAUCUCUUGUACUGUAGAUACUGUGCAAAUCACCGUAUGCCACAGUGGAUCAAAAGACUCAACAUGGGUUAGAAGUAGAAUGGGCGGCUCGCGCAUUUCAACUCUCCCAGAAUGGGCACGCGGAUCUUCUGUUUUGGCAGAGACAUCCUGACGAAGACGGAGAAAUAAGAGGGAGGAUUUAGAUGACCUGUCUGCUCUUCAGCUUCCUUUGCUUGCUUUUCUUUGUGAGAUGAUUGAAGACUUCUUGUCGGGCGCCGUGGCCCUGGUCCUGUACGCCAACACGCUGCGCGCGGGGUUCUGCUACGAUGACAGCCGUGCAAUCAAAACCAAUCAGGACCUUCUUCCUGAGACACCCUGGACCAACAUCUUCUACGACGACUUCUGGGGCACGCUCCUGACACAUAGCGGUAGUCACAAGUCUUACCGGCCACUCUGCACACUCUCCUUCCGCCUGAACUUUGCGCUGGGUGGCCUGGAGCCCUGGGGCUUCCAUCUGGUGAACGUGGGGCUGCACUGCCUCACUGCUGCACUCUUCUCCCACCUGGCGGGGGCGCUGCUGGGCCGAGGCUGCUGGCAGCUGCUGGCCGGCCUGCUCUUUGCCACCCACCCCGUGCACACGGAGGCGGUGGCAGGUGUGGUGGGGCGGGCAGACGUGGGUGCUGCCCUCUUCUUCCUCCUGGCACUGUUGUGCUAUGCAGGGCACUGUGCCCGGCGGUCGGAGGGUGCCCGCGCCUCAGGCUGGGCGUGGCUCCUGGCCUGCCUGGCCUGCUCUGUGUGUAGCAUGCUGUGGAAGGAGCAGGGCAUCACUGUGCUCGCCGUGGCUGCCGUCUACGACCUGUUCGUCUUCCACAGGAUGAAGUUACAGCAUAUCCCAGGAAUCUUCUAUAAGAGGAAGAAUGUGUGUCUGCUGAUGAGCACAUUUCUGUUGGGCUCAUGGGGGGUCUUUCUCUUGGCCUUUCGCCUCUACUGGAUGGGCAACAAACCACCAAAUUUCUCCAACUCUGACAACCCUGCAGCUGAUUGCUCCAGCGUCCUCACCCGGUUACUAACCUUCUUUUACCUGCCUGCCCUGAAUAUGUGGCUCCUCCUCUUCCCAGAUAUGUUAAGCUUUGAUUGGUCAAUGGAUGCUCUGCCUCUUCUCAGAAGCAUCAGUGAUUGGAGAAAUCUCCACACUGUGGCCUUCUACACUGGGCUGAUGGCACUCGCAUGGUUUGGACUAUGCAGUCACCCAAACAAGGAAGAGACUGAUGGCAAGGCCCAUCAUGCAGCAAAUGGAAAACCCAGUACAAAUGGGCACAUUGUUGACACUGGCUACGAUCCCUUCAUUCCAGACUGGGACUAUGUGCAGAUGAAUGGAAAUGGUACCCAAACACAUCGUUUAACUAGGACUGUUUUGCCCACAACUGAGAAUGUUGUGGUCUUCUCAUUAGGAUUACUGACCAUCCCUUUCCUCCCCGCCACCAACCUGUUCUUCUACGUGGGUUUCGUGGUGGCCGAGAGGGUCCUCUACAUCCCCAGCAUGGGUUUCUGCCUGCUGGUGGCGGUGGGGACGAGAGCCCUGUGGGUGCGGCUCAAGAGCAGCUCAUCCAGGAGGCUGGUGCUAGCCUGCAGUGCUUCACUCGUGCUCCUCUUUGGGGUGAAGACAGUUCUAAGGAACCAGGACUGGCACAAUGAAGAGGUGCUGUAUAGGUCAGGGAUAACUGUGAACCCUGCCAAAGCCUGGGGAAAUCUUGGGAAUGUGUUGAAGAACCAGGGGAAGAUGGCAGAGGCUGAGAGGGCGUACAGGAAUGCUCUGUACUACCGGAGGAAUAUGGCUGACAUGUUGUAUAACCUGGGUCUGUUGCUCCAGGAAAACAGGAAGUUCUCAGAGGCUCUGCACUACUACAAGCUGGCCAUCGGCAGCAGGCCAACACUUGCUUCUGCCUACUUGAACACAGGUAUCAUCCUGAUGAACCAGGGCCAUCUGGAAGAGGCCAAGCGCACCUUCCUCACUUGUGCAGACAUCCCCGAUGAGAACCUGAAGGAUCCGCAUGCACAUAAGAGCUCUGUCACCAGCUGCCUGUAUAACCUGGGAAAACUCCUGCAUGAGCAAGGUCACCAGGAGGAGGCCCUGUCUGUAUACAAAGAAGCAAUUCAGAAAAUGCCAAGGCAGUUUGCUCCUCAGAGCCUCUACAACAUGAUGGGAGAGUCAUACAUGAGGCUGAACAAGCUCUCGGAGGCUGGGCACUGGUACAGGGAGUCACUCCGGGUCAAACCUGACCACAUCCCAGCCCACCUCACCUAUGGCAAGCUGCUGGCCAUGACGGGCCAGAAAGCAGAAGCAGAGAGGUACUUUCGGGAGGCCAUCCAGCUUGAUCCCACUAAAGGAAACUGCUACAUGCAUUAUGGUCAGUUUUUGUUGGAGGAGUCGAGGCUUUUGGAAGCUGCAGAGAUGGCAGAGACAGCAGCUCAGUUGGACAGUGAGGAGUUUGAUGUGGUUUUCAGUGCGGCUCACAUGCUCAGACAAGCUAGCCUCAAUGACGCGGCUGAGCAGUACUACAAGCAAGCAGCUACCCUGAGACCUAAUGUAAGUACCAAACUAUACACAGCUAGCCUGAGACCCAAUGUAAGUACCAAACUAUACACAUCUUAGAUUACAGCUUCCUACAUUUUUAAACACAACUAUCAUUAGAUUACAACUCCCUACUUUAUUAACACACCUAUCCUUGGAUUACAAGUCCCUGCUUUAUUAAACAUGACUGUCCUUAAAUUACAACUCCCUACUUUAUUAAACACGACUGUCCUUAAAUUACAACUCCCUACUUUAUUAAACAUGACUGUCCUUAGAUUACAACUCCCUGCUUUAUUAAAGAUGACUGUCCUUAGA